ACAAUUUUACACCUUCUGUCUCUGCGUGUUAGCAGCAAGAAAAUUUUUUUGCAGAUUAAGCUAUUUUAGCUCGACGUAGGUUUGCGUUCAUUUGGCCUACACAGCAGAUAGAAAAGCAUGGAGACGGCCAAUAGAAAAUCCUUAGGGUUGGCCGAUGCGAAAGAGAUGCUCGGCGCCUGUACCCAUGCAGCAGCCGUGACGCGAGACUACAUUGUGCAACCUCGUUUGGACUAUCGGACCGUUACAGGGGUCAAUGGGCCGUUGGUUAUUUUGGAAAACGUGAAGCGCCCAAAAUAUUCAGAGAUCGUCAAUUUGAGACUGCAGGAUGGGACGUACAGACGGGGUCAAAUAUUGGAGGCAGAAGGGUCCAAGGCGGUUGUCCAGGUGUUCGAGGGAACGACCUCUAUUGACACGCACGCCACCCGCGUGGAAUGCACAGGAGACGUGCUUCGGCUGCCUGUGUCCGUGGAUAUGAUUGGCCGUGUAUUCAAUGGAAGUGGGAAGCCGAUAGACGGCGGAAGUCCGAUUUUGGCGGAGGAUUUUUUGGACAUUCAAGGACAGGCGAUCAAUCCGUCUUCACGCGUGUAUCCGCAAGAGAUGAUUGAGACGGGGAUUUCUGCCAUCGACGUGAUGAAUUCAAUUGCGAGGGGUCAGAAGAUUCCGAUUUUCUCGGCGUCUGGACUUCCGCAUAACGACGUUGCUGCACAGAUUUGUCGUCAGUCUGGAAUGGUGAGGUUAGAUGGUCACACGUCCGUAUUGGACGACCAUGAGGACAACCUUUCUAUUGUGUUUGCGGCCAUAGGUGCCAACAUGGACACGGCAAGGUUUUUCAAACAAGACUUCGAAGCGAACGGAUCGAUCGAGAGAGUUUCUCUGUUCAUCAACCGCGCGGAUGACCCGACUAUUGAACGCAUUGUCACGCCUCGCCUGGCGUUGACGGCUGCGGAAUAUCUCGCAUAUUCGUGCGAUAUGCACGUGUUGGUCAUCUUGACCGACAUGACUCAGUAUGCAGAGGCGCUCAGAGAAGUCUCCGCUGCUCGGCAAGAGGUCCCGGGUAGACGUGGGUUUCCGGGGUAUAUGUACACAGACUUGGCUAGCAUUUACGAGCGCGCAGGACGCGUUAUUGGCAGGAACGGAUCCAUCACCCAAAUUCCCGUUUUGACCAUGCCCAACGACGACAUCACCCAUCCCAUCCCUGAUUUGACCGGAUACAUCACCGAAGGACAGCUCUUUAUUGACCGCCAACUCCACAACAAGCGAAUCUACCCACCCAUCAACGUCCUCCCGUCUUUGUCGCGUCUUAUGAAGAGCGCCAUCGGUAAGGGAAUGACCAGGGACGACCACCCGGAGGUUUCCAACCAACUGUACGCCAAUUACGCUACGGGUAAAGACGUCGCUUCAAUGAAGGCCGUUGUCGGCGAAGAGGCCUUGACGGAUGAAGACCUUCUCUACUUGGAGUUUUCCGAAAAGUUCGAACAGACAUUUAUGUGCCAAGGACUUUAUGAAAAGAGGAGCGUGUUACAAUCGCUAGAUCUGGCUUGGUCUCUUCUUCGAAUCUUCCCCAGAGAGUUCCUCACUCGGAUAAGUCAGCCGACAAUCGACAAGUACUACGACAUCAGAAGAGAUUCCGAUAAAAGAAGUUAUUGACCUUAGGAGACGUCUGUUUAGAAAAUUUCUAUUUCCUCGUGGCUUCUCACACGCGUGCGUGGACGCACCUCGCAAAAUGAUGUUUUCCUAUAAAAGCUGCAUUUCGAAUGCCUCUAAAGCACUUCCUACUGCUCAAGAUUGCGCGCUUUUCUCAGCACUGGCGUGAAACAGGUGCAUCACCAUGGAGAAAAAAAAAGUCGUUCGAUUGCGCGCGUGCGAUUCUCUCAUUCCGUCAAAAUUAAGGGAUUUCUUUUUGCGAAAAAGCGCAUGGAAUACGAACGCAGCUUCUGAAACACUCCCCACAGGAGCUUGAGUGCCACCAAAAAAUUUUUCGAAAGACGUUCCUUUCCCUUUUUGCGGCGCGCGAAAAAACGGAAAGACGCGAAGCCCGAGGAGCAGAGGGCGCCACUCAAAGCUCCGCUGCGCGCGAACGAUCACUUUUCUCGAAAAAUUUUUGCCCGGGUGAAAAUCGCGGCGGCCGUGUGCAAGGAGAGGAACGAGCAAAAGGAGAACGGCCUGAAAAACGAGGCACGAAAUUUUAUUUUUCGCUAACCAGAUUUUAACGGUUACAUAAAAGAACGAGUUUGAAUG